GAAAUGUCUGAAGGAGAGAUGGGAAACUUCACUUUAUAAAGUGACAGAUAAACCUCCAGUCUGUCUUCACACACACCUCCUUUGCUUCUACUGACCAGUUUCAUCAAGACACCUCGCCGGGACCGACAGUUUACAUUCCUACCAGGAAAUACAGUGAGAGAAUGGCAGAGAAGGUGCUGGUCACAGGUGGAGGAGGCUACAUUGGGAGUCACUGCGUGGUAGAGCUCAUUGACGCAGGCUACCAGCCAGUUGUGGUAGAUAACUUUAGUAAUGCUGUCAGAGGAGAAGGCGACGUGCCAGAGAGCAUACUUAGGAUAGAGAAGUUCCUUGACACCAGCAUUGAGUUUCAUGAACUAGAUCUUCUGGACAAACCUGGCUUGGAAAAACUCUUCAAAAAGCAUUCUUUCAGUGCGGUGAUGCACUUUGCUGGUCUGAAGGCUGUUGGCGAGUCAGUGGAGCAGCCAUUACGCUACUACAGAGUUAACCUCACCGCUUCCUUAAAUCUGCUAGAGGUGAUGCAGGCUCACAGGGUGCACAAUCUGGUCUUUAGCAGCUCAGCGACAGUGUACGGAGACCCACAGUAUCUUCCAAUCGACGAGCAGCAUCCGGCAGGGGGCUGCACCAACCCCUACGGCCAGACCAAAUACUUCAUUGAGGAGAUGAUCAAGGACCACUGUAAAGCUGAGAAGGACUGGAAUGCAGUGCUGCUGCGUUAUUUCAAUCCAAUCGGAGCUCAUUCCUCUGGCCAGAUAGGAGAGGAUCCACAGGGUAUCCCUAACAACCUGCUGCCAUAUGUUGCCCAGGUUGCCGUUGGGAGAAGAAAGUGCCUCAGUGUAUUUGGGAACGACUAUGACACAGUUGAUGGGACAGGUGUGCGAGAUUACAUCCACGUCGUAGAUCUGGCAAAAGGACACAUAGCAGCUCUGAAGAAGCUGAAGGAAGACUGCGGCUGCAAGGUUUACAACCUGGGGACAGGAACAGGCUACUCUGUGCUCCAGAUGGUGGAAGCCAUGAAGAAGGCAUCAGGGAAAGAGAUCCCACACAAAGUCGCCCCACGCAGGGCAGGAGACAUAGCAUCCUGUUACGCCGACCCUCGUCUAGCUGAGAAGGAGCUGGGCUGGAAGGCUGAAUUUGGCCUGGAAAGAAUGUGUGAGGAUCUUUGGCGCUGGCAGUCCAUGAACCCCACCGGAUUCACCAAUGGCCCAUCCUCUUGAUGUAACUUCAGCCUUUUGCUGUCGUUCAAUCCUCUUCUGAAUCACCAGGCCAAAGCAGACCAUCAGCGUCCUCAUUUUUGCAUAGCCUAUAAACCGAUGACUGACUUUAUAUUCACAUCUAAUUUUCCAUUUGUUCUCUAUUAAUGGUUUUUUACUGUUUACAUCCAAGGAGAGGCGUGUAAACAUGUCUGUAUGAUUUCAUUGUGUUGUUGUUGUUUCAAAUUAAAAAUGGAUUUGUUCUCCAUUAAUGUAUUGAUGUGUGAGCCAUAACAAUGAAAGAAUAAAUUAAUUUUCUUACUGAGGAAA